CUGUGCGAUUCUGUCCUAUGAAAACCAUUUGGCGCCAAAAGCAGGCGCAGUCGUUGUCGUGAUCGCACGUGUCGACGUUGUAUAUCGGGAUCCGGCGCCGUGCGAUACUCUUUCCCGCCACAAUCCGCCGCGUUACAAAGUGCCUUGUGUGAAUAAUUGUGUAAAAUUGUCGCUCUUUAAUCAGUGAAAUGGAUCAACCUUCGACCUCGUCUGGAUUUCCGAAUCCACCGCUGUCUCCGCCGCCGUCUCCACCGUUUAUGUGGCCGAUUCUGCCGCCUCCGCCGCCUCCACCGCCUCCGCCGCCUCCGCCGCCUCCGCCGGUUCCGCCGGUUCCACCGGGUCCGCCAAAACUGAUAUCAUUUUUUUUAAACGAGUCUCAGAAUGUAUUAAGAUGUUUAAUGUGGAGAAACAUGGGAAUGUUUUUCUACAAUUACCGCUUCAACAACGCACAGGUGUUGGAGUCAGUGGUGGAGAUAAAUCUAGUUCGGAAGAGAUACUAUAAAGAUACGAGCUACGAGCUGCCGUCGGGAGAACGCGAUCGGCCGUCGACGUUUUUGAUGACGUUCAAUGAAAACCAAAUGCGAAUGGCAUCGUCGCACGGGGAUCACGAUAUUUAUGUGAACGACGCUCUUCGUGGAACGUUUAUUAGGAGGCUCACAGGCCAUCCGCGUACUCCUUGGACCGUUGUACUUCAUCCUCGCAUCGACGACCUUGCGGCUUCCGGAUGUCUCGGUGGUGUCGUUAAAAUCUGGGACGUGGAAUCUGGUGUUGAAAUCAACAGUAGAGAAUUCGAGCCAGUCAUAGCUUCCGUUGCGUUUCAUCCAUUUCAACAGUUGCUUGUUAUAGCGGCAGGGAAUGAAUUACACUUUUGGGAUUGGGAAGAUCCCGAACCUAUUUUUACUCUAAAUACUGGCAAACGUGACCAGAGAGUAAGAUUUGUGGCUUUCGAUCGUUUGGGAAGGAAAUUAAUCACAGCAAUUGGAAAUCCUAUAGUACCCGGCCGUGAACCACCAUUGCUUUCCAGAUGCCUUUUUAGUAGAAUCACUUUUCUGAGACAAUUACCAUCUAUAGACGAUGAACCAGAGGAUCCCGCGAACCCAGUCGUUGCUCAGAUAGACGUGCAGGUGAGAAGAGAAAGAGACUUCGUACAGUUUGAGGAGGAAGACGAUCCCGAUACAAUCGAUUACCGCGUACAAGUAUGGGAUUUCACCGAAGGGGAACUACCAGAUAUCCAAGAUAGCACGAAGAACGUUGUAAUACGCGAGUGCAAAGUUUCUAACGACGCCAGUAUAGACAUUUCUCGCGAUGGAAAGAAUUUGGCGGCCUGCUUUAAUGAGGGUGCAGGAGUAUACAGUCUCGACUGGGAAAAUCUAGGAACACAGCUAUGUUGGACGAAGAUAGAAAGCUGUGUGAUUUCGGUGUCGUUUUCACCCACGGAACAACACCUCAUAGUGGGUGUAGCGAAUGUUCGAUACGCCGAGAAUUACCUUAUGAUUUACAUUUAUAAACUAACAGACGGCAUGCCAAUAAUGACUGGGGAUGAACCAAAUGUCAUACAUCACAUUCAAAAAGAUAUGACUUUAAUUAAACAACUGCCAGGAAAAUCCGACCCGACGAGACCCAUGAGCCUCAACUGUGUCAAGUGGGUACCGAGGGCUGGAUGGGGCAUCGUCUACGGUACUAAUCAAGGUCGGAUGGCACUUAUUCACUGACAAAUACUGUCAUAAUAGUUAAAAAAGUGAUGUUUUUUUAUAUGUUCUGGGAGAAUAAUUCCGCAACGCGAAUGUUCUAUCGGGACCAAUAUUUUAUUACUACGCGUCUUUCGAAUUAAGCCUCGCAAUAGACGCAUUUUUAUCGUUAACUAUUAGGUAACUAAGAAUGUUGAUACCGACCGAUGUUGCCCACCGAUGUCUUUUUAGUUUAUAUGGAAAUUUUAUUCCCGUUUAGCUUUGAUAUUAUUUUUAGUUUCACACUGAUGAAAAGGUGAUUUAUUCGAGAUUCAAGAGUUUUUUUUUAAAUGUUUAUUUAACAACUCGAUCGCAACGAUAAAGAUUGAAACAACGAAGAUGUUAUUAGUUUGUAUGGAAUACACACAGUAUUACAAUA